GACAUGUUGCAGCAGUCCGGUGACAGCUGUAGAGGGGACAGAUGUAUCAUGCCCAGUCAAUAAGCAUCUCCCGGCCUGCAGAGGGCGCUGCUCGCUGCUCUGCUCGCUGCGCUUCCUGUUUCCGGUGUGGAACAACAACAACACGUGUGUGUCUGCAGAGCUCGACAUGUUUCCCGCCUUGCACCGGAGAGUCGGGGACGUUUUGUUACCGGGAGACGAGUUCUCCCCCGAGGCCGACGACAGCAUCUCUCUGACGGAGCACGUGAAGCCGGAGAAGGUGGUGUGCGGCCCGGGGCUGCGGCGGAGCGGGGCCCGGCUGCUGGUGUGUAAGAGCGGCGUGCUGCGACACAAACAGCCCAACAUGUUCUGGAUGGAGUCCCAGCAGAGGAGGUAUGUCCCGGCUAAAGGUGAGACCGUCAUCGGCAUCGUGACGGUCAAAUCAGGAGACGUCUUCAAGGUGGACUGUGGAGGGAGUGAGCAGGCGUCUCUGUCCUACCUGGCCUUUGAGGGAGCCACCAAGAGGAACAGACCCAACGUACAGGUGGGUGACCUGGUGUUCGCUCAGUUCAUCAUAGCCAAUAAGGACAUGGAACCAGAGCUGGUGUGUAUGGACAGUUCAGGACGAGCCAAUGGGAUGGGAGUAUUUGGAGGUGGCGGUCUGCUCUUCAGCGUCUCUCUGGGACUCGUAAGAAGGCUGCUGUCCCCCCACAGUGAGGUCCUGUCCGACCUGCAGCAGCUGUUCCCCUGUGAGCUGGUGGUCGGGAUGAAUGGCCGUCUGUGGGUCAAGUCCUCCAGAGUCCAGCAGACGCUGGUUAUCGCAAACCUGCUGCAGAGCUGCGACACCAUGACGGCCCAGCAGAGACGGGAGCUGUUCAGGAGGGUGGCACAGGGGGCGCUGUAGACCACCGAAGACAGCAGAGGACGGCAAAGGACAGCUUCCUGUCUGUUCACGAUGAAGCAGGUGUUUGGAUAUAAAAAAUGGUCAACGUCCCACGGCCUCUUUUCUGCUGAGCCCAGUUACAUUGCCUGCUCACCCAGCUCCAGUUCUGGCAUGACACUGGCUCCGC